AUGAUAUUAAGUCAAAGCUCCGGCGUGAUUUGGCCAGGAAGAUUUUCAAGAACCCCACAGAAUGACCGACCGGAAUCACGAUGGACUUCUGACUUAAUAACAAAACGGCAUGAUGAUAAAUUGCGUAAGUUUGGGAUUAUAAGACAGCCUAAGUUAAAGCCAGUACGCCCGAUUGAUGUGGCUUUCGAGGUGACAACAUCUACUCAGCACGAGCACGAGAAAGUACUAAACUUACCAUCAAUUCCUCUCAAUCCCGAAACAACCCAGUUCCCGGAAAAAGUACUCCAUUUUUCAAUUCAACAUCACAGGAGCCUUCUAGGAGACAUCCUGGUGGAGGCUACCAAUAUCGCCGACAAGUUCCCAAAGGAGACAAAACGGGAAUUGGCUUGGCACAUCAGGAGCCUAUACACAGGAACAGAUUUGCCAGGUCACACAAAACCCUGGAAACGAAUGAACAAUUGGUCCUUCAGGCGGACAAAGGAGGAGCUACAGUGA